AUGGACAGCCCGCAGAGCCUGUCCAGCGAUGCCCGUGCCCGGGCCGGUUUGGACCAGGGCCCGACGAUUUUGGAGCUUUUCAGCCAGGCCAAGAAGCUUUUGGCGCUUAAACCGAGGGUGGAGAACCGCCAGUGGCGGAAGGAGGGUUCUCUGGCGCAGAAUGAGGGCCAGGGGAGCUCGGGAGGGCAAAACCAGGGCCAUUUUCAUCUUCUGGGGCAGCAGAACCAGGGGCCUGUGGAUUCUCGAGUUUUGGACCUUUUGCUGCCGCUUUCCGUGGACGAUUUGAGGAGUAACCACGUUAGGUCGAGCUCUAGGGACGGCAAGAGCCACCGGGCGCCGCCCCAGACGGAAAUCACGCCGUCUUCUAUGGACUGCAGUCCUCCUAGGCACUUCCAGGAACUGAGUGUUGAAAGCAAGAGAAGAAUGUCUACAACCAAUGGAAGCAGAGAUAGCGAUGCGUUGAGCUUUAAGGCUGGCUCUGGAAUCAAAAAGGAACCUUCUGAGGGCGUUUCGACGGUCCAAGUGUACUCUUCCCAGAGUCCUCCACGAGAGAUUCAAACAGGCAAGGCUUCGGCGCCCACGCCGCCUACGUCACAGAAAAGAGAAGCUCGUCCGGUUUCGAACUUGACUUCGUCGCUUAGAAAGGAGAAGGACACGUCGGAGCCGGAUUCGGAGUCGGCAAAGGCCAAGGAUGACUCAAAGGACGAGAAUAAGGAUAAACCUACGGAAUGCCAGAAUUGUCAUACCAUGAAAACGCCCCUUUGGCGUAAAGAUCCCUCGGGGAAUACCUUGUGUAACGCCUGUGGGUUAUUUUUGAAGCUUCACGGCACGAUGCGUCCGUUAUCACUCAAAACAGAUGUUAUCAAGAAAAGAUGCUCUAGAAGAGCGUCCAGUUCGGCUCGUAACGUUUCUUCCUCGGUUCAGGCAGCUUCUUCCUUCCCCAACAGAACGCCGUCUUCGCUGGAGUUCGCAAGAUACAGAGACGACCAAGGAAUACCGAUUAACCAGUCUCUGCUGUACAUUGCGCCAGCAGGCUCCUACGGCGCUUCUUAUACCGGCGAAAGGCCGAAGAACGUGUUGAUUUUGCCGAAACCUUCCAACACAGGCUCGGCCCCGGGCUCAGCGGCAGGUUCCGUCCCCGGGUCGUAUAUCAAUUCAGUUGGCUCUCUGUUGAACCUUCAAGCCAACUCUCAAUUCUCCAAACCUUCGUCGCCAUACUCGACGACGUCACAGUUUAAGCGGAAAAAGUCCGAUAUCAAUAUCAACGAGAUGCUGGAUGGGUUUGACCGCAGAAUUCCGUCCCUGCUUUCCAUGAGCAGCUCGUUUAACAAUGGAGCCGGUACGCCGACGGUGAAACGUGGGUUCCAGGCCUCUUCGCUCAACAGAAGAACGUCUGUGACCAACCUCAACAGAAAGUCUUCGUAUGUUGGCACGCCGAACGGUUACUCCAUGACCUCGCCUCAGCCAUUCACUCCCAACAGUGCAGCCACUCCAGGAGCCACAGGAAACACUCCGUUUGUCCAACCAAACCUUAACAGUCUCAGUGGAUCUGUGCCUUCAGCAGCCAACGCCAUGCGUCACAACGUUUCCACUCCAGUAAUGGGAUUCUCGUCCAACACAUAUUUCGAGAAUCCGCUGACGCAGUCGUAUAAUAAUAAUGCUCCGAGUGAAGUGCACCUGCCAUCGUCAUACACGAACACCACCCAUCUUUCGUCCCGGCAGUCGUUUAUUGUGCCUUCUGAUGUGACGCCGUUUACAGCGUUCACAGCAGAUAGCCACACCAACUUGAAUUCUCCCGAUAAGACCGGUGAUACCAUGGCAGACGACGAUUUCUUCCGUACGUACACCUCCCUUCACAACGAAGACGACGACAAGAUGACACCGUUGGACGACGAUAACAUUGUUCCCAUGGAUACCGAUAUGGGCGAAGUGGGCAGCAAGUACGAGAUCAAACCUUCCAACACGAGGUCGACACUUACCCAUGGUCUCAAGGGCCAGCACGGGUCGGACAGCAACGAGAACUUGCAAAAAGGAAACCAGCCGUACGGCGACUUGGACUGGCUCAAUGGAACCUCUUACGAGGUUGAUGCCGUUAAGGAGGCCCGGGAGCCCGAGGAAGUGCCUGAGCUGGUUCUCAAAGUGCCCAAAUUGCGUGGUUUGGAGUGGCAUAACCGUAGAGCCAAACAGAGGAUCAGUAACAGAACCAAACACUUGGUUGAUCCCGAGCCAACGGCAACAGCUCCUCUUUCCGAAGCUAUUUGGUACAAUGUGGAUGCCAUUGUACGUGCCCUUUCACUGGCUGGUUCAGAAGUGGGCAUGGGCGAGUACCCAGAAAGAAGAGCCAAGCUUAGGAAAGAGAGGAAACAGAAGCUCAAGAGAAGGAAGCUUUAUGGGGCUGAAGAGUAUGAUCUAAACGAGGAGUCACCGUUCUUGGAUUUUGAUUUGCUUGUCUAG